CGUACAAAGAGUGAAAAAUGUGGACGUUGCCAAUCGAAUUCCUAAUUAAUUAAUCGUUGGGACUAAACCAAUAGUCUCGUUUUCCAAAUUAUUGAGCGAUGAUCUGCUGCUACUGGUGUUUCGGGCUUUAGAACCAUGGUUCUGCGGCGUUCCUUGCUGAAUUCGUUGCGUUUUUCGUCUACUUUAACACCCAAAGCAGCUUCUUCUAAAGCCAAUGACUUGUAUGCAAUGAACAAGAAGCUUUCCGAAAUAGUAAGAACCGGAAAAAUUCACGAAGCCAGAUCCAUGUUUGAUAAAAUGGGAGAAAGAAACACGGUAACAUGGAAUUCCAUGAUUAGUGGGCAUGUUAAGCGGCGAGAAAUGACCCAGGCGCGAAAGCUUUUCGAUGAAAUGCCUGAGAGAGAUAUCGUUUCUUGGAACUUGAUGAUUUCUGGUUACGCUUCAUAUUUGGGGAACAAAUUUCUGGAGGAAGGGAAAAAAUUGUUUGAACAAAUGCCCAGGAGAGAUGUAGUUUCAUGGAAUACAAUGAUUAGCGGGUAUGCCAAGAGUGGAAGGAUGGAUGAAGCCAUAAGGCUUUUUGAGAGUAUGCCUGAGAGGAAUGUGGUUUCUUGGAAUGCUAUGGUUACUGGGUUUUUCCGUAACGGUGAUACUUUAAGUGCUACUCAGUAUUUUGAGAGGAUGCCUGAAAGGGAUUCUGCCUCUGUUAAUGCCUUUGUGUCUGGUUUAGUUCAAAAUGGUGAAUUGGAUGAAGCUGCCAGGGUUUUGAUUGAAUGUGGGAAUAGGGACGGCUGGAGUGAAGAUUUGAUUCCUUCUUGUAAUACUUUGAUUGCGGGGUAUGGUCAGAAGGGAAGGGUAGAUGAUGCCCGAAGACUAUUUAAUCAAAUCCCAUUUAACAGCGUCCAAGCAGAUGGGAGAAAUGGGGUGUUUGAAAGGAAUGUGGUGACAUGGAACUCGAUGAUCAUGUGUCAUGUGAAGGCAGGAGAUAUUUUGUCUGCUAGGGAGCUCUUUGAUCAAAUGGUGGAUAAAGAUACUAUUUCUUGGAAUACCAUGAUUAAUGGCUAUGUUCAAAUAUUAGAUAUGGAGGAGGCCCUAAAUCUUUUUAAUAUGAUGCCUAAGCCGGAUAACAUGUCUUGGAAUUCAAUGAUAUCAGGGUAUGCUCAGAUGGGUAAGUUAGAGCUUGCUCGUGAUUAUUUCGAGAUGAUGCCCCAGAAACAUUUGGUUUCAUGGAACACCUUAAUAGCAGGGUAUGAGAAAAACGAGGAUUACAAAGGAGCAAUUAAGUUUUUCAUACGGAUGCUAGGUGAAGGAGAGAAACCUGAUAGACACACACUAUCUUCAGUUCUCAGUGUCUGUACCGGGCUUGUGGAUAUGCAAUUAGGUAUGCAGAUUCAUCAGCUGGUCUCUAAGACUGUUAUUCCAGAUGUACCUAUACAGAACUCUCUCAUUACAAUGUAUUCAAGAUGCGGGGCACUGGUCGAGUCACGGACCAUUUUUGAUGAGUUGAAAUCUCCAAAAGAUGUAAUCUCUUGGAAUGCAAUGAUCGGAGGAUAUGCAUCGCAUGGUUUUGCUUUAGAGGCUUUAGGAUUCUUUGAAUUGAUGAAGAAGAACAAAGUUCAGCCAACCUAUAUAACAUUCAUUUCUGUUUUGAGUGCAUGUAGGCACGCAGGAUUAGUUGAUGAAGGUUGGGCAUAUUUUAAGUCCAUGGUAAGUGAAUAUGGCAUUGAGCCUGGAAUUGAACAUUAUGCUUCCCUGAUUGACAAUGUGGCUCGACACGGUCAAUUUGAGGAAGCCAUGGAUUUAAUCAUGAGUAUGCCGUUUGAGGCAGAUAAGGAAGUUUGGGGUGCAUUACUAGGUGCUUGUAGGCUGCAUAAUAAUGUAGAAUUAGCUAGAGUUGCUGCUGAAGCAUUGAUGAGACUGGAACCUGAAAGCUCUGCUCCAUAUAUAUUGCUGUACAACAUGUAUGCUGAAGCAGAACAAUGGGAUGCUGCAGCAGAAGUUAGAGAAAUGAUGGAAAAAAACAACAUCAGAAAGCAAACAGCAUACAGUUCCAUAGACUCCUCUUGUUGCUGAUCGGAACGAUGCAUUCCUAUCAGUUGGCCACUCCAUAUUUAAUUCACAGCUCUUCAUACACACUGAAAGUAAGACUUCAAAAUUUUUUUUUCAUUUUGGUAGUGUAGCAUUGUGCUAUGUGUUCUCCAUGCACCUGGUAGAUUUCCAUUUUCUCAAUGUUAUAUUUGUUGUUUUUUGGAAUCCAGUCCAUUCAUUCUUUACCCA